AUGAAGAUGGAUUCGGUUAUAAAACCGCCAACAGUAUAUUCUCCCUCUCCUAACCCCUCUCUCUCACUCUUUCCAAACACACCCUUGAUUAGGGUUUCAGUACAAAUCGGAAAGAGGGAGAAGAUAGAACCCCACCUGAAAACGAAGUUACAUGCAAAACCACAUUUUUUUCUGCUUCACUUCAAGGUAAAAUACUCAGGGUUUUAACUAAUCGCCCCUUUCAUGAAUUGCAAUCCAUGUUACUGAAAUUUCAUGGUGGAUGAAUGGUUUUGGUGUUUUUGCGGCCGAUUAUUCGUCGUGUUUGGUAGCCCUAUUAGCAACUGUUUUCUGUUUGAUUCUCUCCAGCGCUGUGGUUUUCCGGAGGGUCAAGUUAGGACUGAGCUGUUCCGAUUGCGAGAGGGAAAUUGGUGGUGUGGAAAUGGCUGUGCAGGUGAAUGAAGGUGCGACUGAAAAUGGUGGUGUGGAUGUGGAAAUGACUGGGCAGGUGAAUGGGGGUGCGACUGAAAAUGGUGUGGAGAGACAGUCGGGGGCGUCGAUGAUUGAGCAACUGAUGCCUGAGAUCACUGCGCAUGCCCUGAGUUACUUGGAUUAUCAGAGCCUCUGUCGCCUCUCCAUGACAAAUUCGCACAUGCGGAAAGCUGCCGAUGAUGACAAUGCCUGGAAGGCGCUUUACCAUAAGGAUUUCACUUUGGAACAAGACAAUGUAACCCCACCUAAUGGGUGGAAAGCAUAUUAUGCUGCUACAAGAGCUGUUGUUACUGUAAAUGCUGAAUUUUUUAGGAUUGUCAGGGAAAGAUUGGUUCAAGCUAUGCGUCAAAUUUGGCUUCAAGCUGAUUAUGUGAAGUGUUUCCGCGCAAAUGGGGACUCAUUUAGUGGUUACAAUGCAGUAGUGGGGAGCUGGCAGAUAUCAUUGGACAGGGAGAAUGUGGCUGCUUUCGAGAUACAAGAUGUGAGGGUUCGUGUAAUGUCAAAUAUGGCUUGGGUGACGAUGAAAGUUUAUCCUGACAUCUUAACUGGUCUGUUCAAUGUGACGAAUGUAUAUGAAUUGCACGAUGGAAGAUGGUACAUGGUGCACCACCACUGCUCGGCGUAUGUGAGGCUUGGAGGAGGUGGGCAUGGCCAAGGGCUGUUACCUGUGCUUGUGUAAAGGAAGUAGAUGGUAGAGGAUAACAGAAUUAAUUCAUCAUACUUGAAAGAAAGAUGUAUUAGGGGAAUUUUAUGAGCUUGAUUUUUUUUCUUCCCCUCUCUUUGAAUUCUCGGCUGAUUUUAUGACAAAAUGCAUGCACAGAGCAACUUUUAUUCCUCAUUGCUUUA